AAAAGCAAAGAGGGAAGAAGAAAAAAUGAAGGAAGUGAAAAGGAGGGGAAGGAAAGGAGGGUAGGUUAGAGGAGGAGAAAAAAUACAGGGGAUAAGAGGCGGUGUUAUCCCAGAGAUUUAAAAACUCUCAAUUGUUAUUGUUAUGGGAAUUCCAAGCCGGUCCAGUGCAAGUAGGCAAACUCUGUUUAGAUUCCUUUUCUCUGUCCUCUCAGCAGUGUGUGGGCACAUUGUGAGAAAAAAGAAGGAGGCUGGGGGGAGUUAGGCUACCCACUCAGUGCUGGCUGGAGGCAGGAUUUGUCCUCAGUGACUCUAAGGGUAGUUUUAUUGAGCAUCUCGAGACAGUUUUCCCAUGAAGGGCUAGGGCGCAUGCUGCGAAUUACCUGUCCUCAUGGAACCACUAGAAAACAUUUAACCCUUUCUUAUGCACAGCACCACACUCUUUGCAGCUCUGGGCAUACUAAAAAGGACGGAAUCGUAGAAUCUACUGGCCCACAGAACCAUGAGAUUGUGGUUGCCCUGCUGCUCAGGUUGGCACAUUCUGCUCUGUCUCUGUGCUCUUCUGGACAAAGGUGUGUCCACAUGGCCACCCAACACCCAGUACCGCUAUUCACCAGUACUGCAAGCGAAAUCCAGGGAGACACUCUCCACACCUAGAAGGAAUUGGUGUUCAGUGCCUGUGAGUCGGACAGUGUCGUGCCAAGUUCAGAAUGGCACCUUCAUGCAGAGAGUGUACCAGAACUGUCACUGGGCAGCAGGCUGCUCAGGGGGGAGUUAUAGAACAGUUGCCAGGCCAACAUACAGACUCAGCUAUAAGACAGUGACAUCGCUGGAAUGGAGAUGUUGCCCAGGAUACCGGGGAACCAACUGUGAGGAGGAUACCAUGUCCUUGGCUGAAGCACAGGAAGCACCACGGAUCAGUGCCCCAAUUCGUAAAUUGCCUCCAAGGGCUGGGGGCAGCUUUUCAGGUUGUCUAAACUGCAGCCAAAUCCCGGAUCUGAGCGAACGUUUGAGCUUUCUGGAAUCCAAGGUAGCAGUGAUCUUGGAAUCUGAUCCUUCACUGAGCCAAAAGCUUAGCUCUCACUCCACUGCAUCUCAGUUGUGGGGAAACCCAGCAGCCCGGGGUAGCCCUGGGGAGGAAUCUGUAACAGACAUUUCUGCAAGGAAAAACUCUCAGGGACCAGUUGUUAUUCCAUGGAGCUCAAGGAUUCCAGGAAUGAAAGGCCCAGCUGGGCCCCCAGGUCCCCCUGGGGCUCCAGGUCCGCCAGGACGGGCUGGUGCAGUUGGGCCCCCUGGUGAAAGAGGCCCACCUGGCCCAGCUGGCCCUUCGUCCACUGCAACUCAGAGAUCAAUGGAUCGGGACUUAUUUCAGUCAAACAGAUUUACAGAAAACUCAGGACACAGUAUUCAGGGACCCAAAGGCCCUCCAGGACCAGCUGGGCCACCAGGACCCCAAGGGCAAAUUGGGCCCCCAGGACUAAGAGGCCAGAAUGGUUUAACCGGCUCCCAGGGACAAACUGGCCCUAAAGGAGAGAAAGGAGACAGUGGUCUGUCUGGAAUGCCUGGUGACCCUGGAACAAAGGGGGAACCUGGAACCCCAGGACAAAAAGGGGAACCUGGAGAGAAAGGCGAGCCGGUGGUCAGCCUAGCCUCCUUCAUCCAGCUACAAGAACAGCUGGAGCUGCUGGUUAGAAGGGUCACUCUGCUUGAGCACAUUAUGUGGCCAGAGACUGAUGUUGGUUCAGGAACAGGACCUACCCCAACUGGUGAUCCUGCAUUUUAUCGGGGCAGGCGCAACGGGCCUACACAUUACAGAUUUAAGCCCUCUGAGCAUUAUGAAGAUGAGGAGGAAAAUUUCUGAUUGUGCCAAGCUAAAAAAAACAUUGAUAUCUCUUCACUCUGCUGAUAUCUAAGUGCCUUAAUAUGCUCUGUAAAAAAAAGCUGAUGGCAGCUAUAUCCUAGAGGAACAUUUUGUGUGUCCUGGGGGCUUGCACUGCAAUCUCAGCCAAAGUGUUGAAAAUUGAAUGGGACAUUCCUGAUGCUUAUUUUACCAAUGUGGACUUCAUGUUUCCACUUAAGUACUCAUAUAAUAAUAAUGAUUUUACCUGCAUACACUUUUGCCAAUAAUGAAAUAUAGACCAGAAGCUAUGUAUAAAGACAAUAUAUGAACACAAGUCCAUAACUCCCAACUGUCCCGUUUUUCGCGGGACAGUUCAGAUUUUGACAACUCAUGUCCCGACUUUCUCUUUGAUCUCCUGCACUGAACAGCUAAAAAAAGAUACAAUGUUUCUGACUUAAUUGGCUUUUGGCAAAGAGUCCAGAACAGCCACCAAGUGCAAUUUGGUACUUUUGUAACAAUUUAAGAUGAGCAAAGAAGCUAUUGUAACAAUUUAAGAUAAGCAGGUAUCUUGGGGAAACUGUGACUUGCAGCUUAAAGGGCAAUUCACCUUCAUUAGAAAAACUGUAAUAACACAUAAAAACCACAGAAAUGUGUACAAACUUUCAUAACCUGCCAAAAAAACUUUUUGUCCCUCUUUCUAUUUCCAAAAUGUUGGGAGGUAUGCAAGUUUUCUGUUUUUAACUUAAUAAUUACAUCUGUGUACCUCUAAUUAAUUAUAAAGCCCCUCUUCAAUCAUCUAAUAAGAAACUCUCAAGUAGAGACAGAGAAAACAAGUUGACGAGAGGGCAACAGCAAGUGCUAUAUAGAUUAGCACCCAUAUCAGGAAGAGCAGUUUGAUACUUUCGGUGGGUAUGUCAGGAAUUGUUUGCACGUAUCCAAGAAUUUGCAAUCUACCAUGAAAAAUAAAAACAUUUGUAUAAAUAAAAUACCUUUUUUUACAAAAAUACA